GCACCGACACCAACACCGCCCCCCGAAGAGGAACUCGUCUGUACUCCUCUCUUGUGCGCUUUAUGGGCUCUGCGGCUUCUGCGUGACGGGGUUUGCCAAACAACAACAACAAAGCACGUUUCUUAGUAUUAUUAUUUAUAUCGCCUGUUUCUCCUUUUUGCAGCUGCUGAUACGCUGCAGCAGUCGCCCCUACUCCUCCUUUCUACACAAUAGGGAGGUUUACCACAGGCGUACUUUUCAAAACAAACAAACAAACAAACAAACCCGAAGCAUUAAUAGAAGAAGGAGGAAAGCAGGUGCCGCACCUUCGGAGAAUUACGCGACAGCUGCUGAACAUCUUCUUUCUUUUUGUUAUUGUGCUGUUGUUGCUGUUCAUCCUCUCUUUGCUUCUUCCCGCUCACGUAGAUCGUAUUGCCUGUUUCCUUCGCCAUGUCUCUCCAUCCCGCCAUCAAAGCCCUUGUGGAGCAGCCCAUCGACGCCAUCGGCCUGACCGCCGUAUCGAGCGUCGCCUCGGCGUUGGAGGACGUCGCGGUUGCUUCGGACCUCAUCCAGAGGCCGGAGCAUUCCAAGGCGCUCAACGCCGUGCUCAAGAAAACUAUGUCGAUCUUGAACAACAGAACAAAGAACUUCGCGCUGCGUCUGGCGUGUCUGGAGUGCCUCUACCGUCUAUCCCAGCCUUCUAUUUCGUCCUUCCGCACGGGUCUGCUGUGCAACACGGUGAACGAUAUGGAUAAGAGCGUGGAGGAGAUGUUGUCCCGCACCGGCCCGAACGCCGCUGCGACGGAGGCGCUGGCCUCUGCGUGGGAGAUGUUCACCGUUCUCGUCUUCCGCUUCUCUGACUACAACACAUCGGUGUGCCGCCUGCUGCUGCAGCACACGUCGGACGGCGACGUCGGCACCAUGGUACAGACGCUGCUGCGCGUUGUCGUGCAGCACCGCGAUAGGUGCGAGUGGCCGCUGCUGCUGGCCGCCCUGCAGACGCUUUACGGCCUCACCGUCUCGUCCACGUACUACACCGCCGAGGACGGGGCGGAGGCGCCGCCGCAGGGACGGCGCGGCAGUCAAAUCCUCACCUUUACGGUGGAGAGCUUCCAGGACAAGAUCGCCGUUCUGCUCGCCACGCUGCGGGAUCAGCGGGUGCUGGAGCAGCUCUUCGCCUCCCUGCGCCUCUCCUGGCACGAUUCGACGCAUAAUCGCAGUCCCGCCGCACUGGCGCAGGGCUGCGCAGAGUCGAUGGCCCUCGGUGCGCUGGGCAGGCCGGACGUCGCCCACACCGUCACGACGGUGACGAAGGAGCAGCAAAUGGAGCUGCUCAAUUGGCUGUCGGCGCUGAAGCUGGUGUGCCGUGCGGUGCACAACAUGGUCGAGUUCAGCCGCGAUCCGAAGGUGGCGAACGAGCUGCGGACGCGGCUGCUGAGCGACCCCGGCAGCCAUGACUUCCUCGCCGCGGCGCUGGUCCCGGCGGUGACCGCGGCGAUCCAGACCUGGUCGAUCGACGUCGCCGCCCUGCAGACCCGCAGCGACGCCUUCGCCUCCUCGGCGUCCGUGAAGCACAGUUUGCUGAUGGCGGGGGUGGGGCUGCUGCGGUUCGUGCGCUUUACGCUGUACAAGCCCACCGUCGGCUUUACCCCCGCCUUUUUGACGUCCAUGGAGCGGCUGACGCAGCAGAUCCAGCGUGAGGAGCCGCGGCUGCGCACGCAGUACGCCGGCAUGCAACUGAUGCUGCUCACGGUGGAGUGUUUGGCGAACAUGAACGCGACGGCGAUCACGACGCCGGUGAACCUGGCCGACGUGUACCAGUCGUUGCUGGCGACGAUAUCAGCGGACAAGACGUACUGCUCGCUGUCGAACUCAUAUCAUGACGGGACGGGAGCCGCGGAGGGUCAGGUGGCCGCGUCGGCGAGCGCGCCGAGCACGCGAACGAUGAUGACCGUCGCGGAGUGGUUUAUCCUGUGUCUGCGCGAGGAGGAGUCGCCCUUCUGUGAGGCCGGCACCCUCGACACUGGCAACGCGUCUGUGCAGCUGCUCCACCGCUUCUUUUCAGCCGAGGAGGCCGUGCUGCAGGAGACAGAGGAGCGCGUGGCGGAGUUGGUGGCCCUUGAGUCCCAGCUCGAGACGCUGCAGAACUUCUUGCUGCUCAUGACGCUGACGGAGCUGCUGAAUGGGAUGCCGGACACCGGAUUGGAGCGGCUGACACGGCAGGGCGCGAGCGGCGGCAGCGCCACGAACGGGCGAGAGACGCCUGCGACGACCACACCGUCGAGGAAGUCAAAGCCGAAGCGAAAGAAGGGCGCGAACCACCCAGCGGAGUUCGUGUGCGACUUGACGGGCAAGCUGAUGCGUGAACCCGUGGUGCUCAAAAACGGCCACCGGUUCGAGUGCGAUGCGUUGCAGAACGUGAUUGAUCAGGUGGGCCACGUGGACCCAAUCUCGGGUGAGGCGAUUGAUGAAGCCGUCGAGGUUGACGAAGGCCUGCAGCAGCAGAUUGCGGCGUAUCGGGUGCAGCUAGCGGCAAACAGAAAGGUGUAG